AUGGAUCAGAUCCUCAAGACUCGAAAGCUGAGCUCCGCUUCUGCUCGAAGGAAAAAGUUCCAAGAACGACAACAGCAACAGGCGCUAGACCGAGAGAAGCUCGCAGAACACAAGAGGAGGAUUUUGAUGUAUGAUCAUAUGGCGGAGCAUGUAUCGGAGCCCACGGAUGGGCCUGACGAGGAGAACUCUGCAGACGAGAUCGACAUGGACGCUGAGCGCUUUGAUCGAGAUUCGUCUGUAGAGACGCCUUCGGAGAGGAGUAUUCUGACACCAGAUGAAAUGGCCCAGAACAGAGCUACCUUUGGCAAACAAACCUCGCCGGGGCCGGAUCAGAUGGCGGGUCUCAAAAUACAGAUACCGGACGAGGAAGAGGUCCUUCAACAGAUGGAGGUAGACAAGGUUCGGGUUGUCGUGCCACCUUCUCCGAAACCUCUCCUCCAGGCUUCUCUGGCUUCCUGGUCCGACUUCAGAUACGACCGCUACUCCGCAGUCCUCGACUCUCCGCUGUCCGAGGUCCUCAGCCCUGAAUCUGAAAAUGAAGACACCUUCUCACCCAUCGAAACUGCCACACCAAUAUCCUACCAGCAACCAAAAUCUCGACCUUCACUAAUAUCUAUCGUCAGCCUCAGCCACCGAGGCAAACGACGGACGGCCUCCAUGCAGAGUCCUCUGUCGCUUACUGUGCCGCAAACGCCGGAGCGACCAUCUAAGCGUCAGUCGAUGAGCAGUGUGCAUUCUGGAUUCCCUGCUGCAGAAGCUACGCGAUUCGAGGUCCCAAGCUUACCUGAGAAUGCUUUUGAGCUCAUCGCCAACGCGAGUCAAGAAUCGCUGCCCUUGUCUACGAAGGAGCCGUCCAGGUCCAAAGCCGAUAGGAAAUCCAGCAUGCCGCGAUUGUCGACGGCACUAAGCCACGCACGUAUGAGCAGCAUCAAGAGCUUCAUCAAGACGCCCACUACUGCGACGACGCCCCUACCACACACACGAUCAUCGUCUCGGCCUUCAAGUCAUGUGAGCAGACCGUCCACUGCAAGUACACUUGCUGCAGACGCUUAUUCUGUGAUGAAAAACCCGGCCGCGUCUACAAGUUCAAACAACCUUUCCUCGAUCACGCGACCCCUUACAUCCCAAAAUGCUUCGGCUUCAAUGGUGGGACCCAUCAGCUCCAACAUGACGGCAUUACCGUCUCUCCCGACUCCCCCAGCAGAUGAAGAAGCUUCAGAUCCAUUGGCCAAUAGACCAGCCAUGCAGAGAAAGAAAUCCUUCUCCGCCCUCCGGAGACGAAGUGAGAGUAUUGGACAAGCCAUCAAAGGAUUGGGUAAGAUUACCACUAAACACGAUGUCCCAGUACCGAUGAACCCCGGUCUGAUGACCCCGAAGAAACCACAGCCGUUUGAUUUGUCUCAAUUCCCCACUCCGCCUCUGCCUUCUCCUCGGACGGGGAAAAGUAGUGCAGGCUCCUUCACUUCGACCAGGGCAACGAGCAGUGGGGGUCACAUAGGGUUGGGCUUGCGGAGCGUCGAGGGAUUCGCGCAAAGAUGA